CUUCCCCCUCCCUCCAUUUUUAAACCAGCCUUCCUCGUCAUCUCGCCGCACACCCCAAGGGCCCAGAAGCCAAAAACCCAAGCAGAGCAAACUGCACACACAAGCGCUUCCACACAGAAGCAGCCGUGGCCAUGGCCAUGGCAUUCUUCCUCCUUGCCGCGGCGGCGUCAGCGGCUGUCGCCGGAGCCUCCUGGAGCCCGCGGCCAGAGGGCGACCUCGUCACCGGGCUCCCUGGGCAACCAGAGGUCGGGUUCAAGCACUACGCCGGCUACGUCGACGUCGGAACGGGCGGCGACAAGGCGCUCUUCUACUGGUUCUUCGAGGCCGAGCAGGAGCCGGAGAAGAAGCCCCUCAUGCUGUGGCUCAACGGAGGGCCCGGGUGCUCGUCCAUCGCCUACGGCGCGGCCCAGGAGCUGGGCCCGUUCCUGGUCAGGGGCUACGGCGCGAACCUCACCCGCAACGCCUACGCGUGGAACAAAGCCGUGAACCUGCUGUUCCUGGAGGCGCCGGUGGGCGUGGGGUUCUCCUACACCAACAAGACGGCGGACCUGGGCCGCCUCGGCGACCGCGUGACGGCGCAGGACUCGUACACCUUCCUCCUCAACUGGCUCGCCAAGUUCCCGGAGUUCAAGGGCCGCGACUUCUACAUCGCCGGAGAGAGCUACGCCGGGCACUACGUCCCGCAGCUCGCAGAUCUCAUCUACGAGGGGAACAAAGCGGCGGGCAGAGGCAGCAUCAUCAACCUCAAAGGCUUCAUGAUUGGCAACGCGGUGCUGAACGACGAGACGGACCAGCUGGGCAUGGUGGAGUACGCGUGGAGCCACGCCAUCAUCUCCGACGAGCUGCACUCGGCGGUGACGCGGGAGUGCGACUCCUUCAAGGAGGAGGCCGACGGCGGCAGGCCCGGGAAGGGCUGCUCGUCGGCCGUCCGCGCCUUCAUGGGCGCCUUCGACGACAUCGACAUCUACAGCAUCUACACGCCGACGUGCCUCUCCCCCUCCGCCGGCUCCGCCUCCGCCGCGCCGCGCUCGUCCAGGCUCGUCACCGCGCCCCGCCUCUUCUCCCAGCACGAGGCAUGGCACAUGAUGAGGCGUGCGCCGGCGGGGUACGACCCGUGCACGGAGGCGUACGUGACCAGGUAUUUCAACCGCCAGGACGUGCAGCGGGCGCUGCACGCCAACCGGACGGGCCUCAAGUACCCAUACUCGCCUUGCAGCGCGGUGAUAAGCAAGUGGAACGACUCGCCGGCGACCGUACUCCCCGUCCUGAAGAAGCUCAUGGCCGCCGGGCUGCGCGUCUGGGUCUACAGCGGCGACACGGACGGGAGGGUGCCGGUGACGUCGACGCGGUACAGCGUCAACGCGAUGAAGCUGCGGGCGCGGGCGAGGAGCGGGUGGCGGGCGUGGUUCUACAGGCAGCAGGUAGCUGGGUGGGCGGUGGAGUACGAGGAGGGGCUGACGCUGGUGACGGUGCGCGGGGCGGGGCACCAGGUGCCGCUCUUCGCGCCCGACCGCUCGCUCGCCAUGCUCUACCACUUCCUCCGGGGCCAGCCCCUGCCGGCCGCCGCUCCACGCUAGCGGAAGUGUGUCUGGUCCAUUCUUCUGCUCAGCAAAGCUACGAGCAAGUGCUUCAUCAUUGGGUGGUAGCGUUGUACUAUGCCUGUAACUGAUGUGACGAUAUCAAUGUGGGAUUUUCAUGGGAAGCUAAAACUGUAUUUUUACCGGAA